AACAAACAUGGUAGCGAUCUUUCUAGAGAAAAACAAAAACCAUGUAGCUAGCUAGAUUUGAUAGCUAGCUAUUUUUAAACAUAUAGCUAGCUAUAGUUGUAGCGCUACAAUUUGAUAAAUCUGUUAAAAUGACAUUAAAGAAAAUUCAACAAUUCGAGACUUCUAAGAAGAAACGUGAAGGGGGAGGUUUUAUGGUUCGUCGACCGAUUGGUGACAAAAUUGACGUUGUUGAUCCUUUUUUGAUGUUGGAUCAUUUAGGUCCAGUUGUGUAUGGUCCAGGAGAAGCUAUAGGUGCUCCGGAUCAUCCACAUAGAGGUUUUGAAACAGUUACUUAUUGCAUUGAAGGUGGUUUUCACCACCAAGAUAGUGCUGGAAAUAGUGGUAAUUUGACAAAAGGUUGGGUGCAGUGGAUGACUGCUGGAAGUGGUGUUGUACACAGUGAAAUGCCAACUGAUGAAUUACUUAAAAAAGGUGGUUUAAGUGAAGGCUUUCAAUUAUGGGUGAACCUGCCAAAAAAGUUUAAAAUGGUACCACCUAGAUAUCAAGAUACUCCACCUGAGAAAAUUCCUGUUAUUACAUCUUCAGAUGGUCAAACAACAAUCAAAAUUAUCGCUGGGGAAUGUCUUGGCACAUCUGCAUACAUCGAAACAAGGAUACCAAUUUUGUAUUUGGACAUCAAAGUAAACAAAGGAAAUACUUUUGAGGUUGAUAUUCCGAAAGGUUAUAACUCGUUUGUUUAUGUUUGGCGAGGAAAAGGAUUCCUUGGUGCUGAAAAUCUACCUGCUGAUAUCGGAAAGGUAGCUGUUUUAACCACUGAUGGAGAUAGUUUUAUCUUAAAAGCCUCUGAGGAUGAAGACUUACAUGCAUUCGUGCUUGGUGGAGAGCCCAUAAAUGAACCAAUUGCAAGAUACGGACCGUUCGUUAUGAACACGCAGGAUGAAAUACAACAAGCAUUUGACGAUUACCGGUCAGGAAAACUUGGUAAAAUUGAUGGAGCUGAAGAAAGAUAUCAGAAAACAGACUCAGCUGUCACCAAAAGUAAAAAAUCCGGCAAUUGGAACAAACACUAAUAUGUUUUUAAAACCGUCGGAUUUGAUGCACAAAAAUUAUAAAUUAGUCGUUAGCCCAUGGAAAAAUUCACAGUUUACUGUUCAUCAGAUUUUCACCCGUUGUACUUAUUUCCCGCAUGGGUAUUUCGUGCAUUUCGUGCAUUUUGUCGUCUGUGAAGAAAUUACUCAGACGGGUGUUCGUAAUAAAGACAGAAUACGACUAUUAUUAACAUUGAGAUGAAUGGUUUCAGUGUAUUCCACACCCAUGGUUCCACACUUUACUGCAGAAACUUUCGCCGGCAGAAUUUUACGAAUUUAUCUAUUUAUUAGGAAUUAUUUAAUUUAAAUUUGUACUUGUGCCUGUACGAUCUAAAUGCCAUUUUUUACGGUUGCUUUUUUAUACUAUACAUUAUUAAUUUUAUCAAUUUUCAGGCUGAACUUAUUCCUAGUAUAUUCCAAUGUGUAUGUGUGUAUGAAGCUGGAAAGUUGUAGACACAGACACAGACAUUGAAGAUGAGGACACAUUUAGUGUGUAUGUUUUAUUUGCGUAAGGCUAGAUCUCGAAUUUUAUUUUAAAUAAAAAGGGCCUAAGGCGGCCACUUUAAUAGAAGACUGGAGCUUAGAAUUGUGUGCAUAUAAUUUGAAAUAUUUAUCCUGGUAAUAAUAAAGUGCAUUAUUUAAAA